AUGAAACUGGCCAAAACUUAUAAUGACACUGUGCCUGCCCAGCCAGUGUCCAAUGCAUAUCCAAAUGCACCAACUCAAUGGUCCGGUGGUUAUGCUGCACAGCCUCAAGCUUGGCCACAAGCACAAGCGGAUCCUGCACAACCACAGCAGUGGAACCCUGCCUAUGCCAGCAGCAGUCACGUUAGGCUAUGUAUGGUGCAUAUGGUGGCUAUGCUGCUACACAAGCACAACCACCCGUGCCACAAGCUGCUGCUUACGGCGCAUAUCCUGCUCAGAUUCACUCAACAGAGUCUGAAUAGAACAUUACUUAGAAUUGACAAAGUCAUCACUGUUGUCUCUACAAUUACUAACCAGUUGAAGAAAUCAAUCGUGGACUGA